AUGAAUGUGGGUGUAAACUUCAGAGCUCUUGAUGAGGAACGACAACGGCAGGAACAUCUGCUGCGAGAAUUGCAGGAGAUGGAGGCAGAACUGACUUCACCAACUCUGACCAAAACCAAUCUACCUUACCUCGCCUCGCAGGUUGGCGCUGAACUCGACCAAAACACCCGGUGUUUGCACUAUCUCACCGGGAUCUCCGAACUCGAGCGAUACGUCACUGAUGUGGCAGCGCACUGUGCUGAGCGUUCCAUCGAAUUGAGUGAUCCUCAGGCGCUGCACAAAAAUGUCUUCAUAAGCAAGACUCUGUCAGACAAUGUCAAGAGUUGUUGGGAGUACGUCGAUAAGUUGGCAAUGCUGGCACAGAUUCACAUCAAAACUGCUGCGGAGUAUCAUCAAUUCUUCCACGAGUCAAAUGAAGUAGAGGCAAAGCUGGAGAAGCAUUUGAGACAAGCGCAGAGACGGCAGCAUGCAACAACUGGAAGGGAAGGGAAUCUCAAAGAUUUCAGCAAAACUGCCAACGAAUUAAGCGAACAACUGGAAAGCAUGCGAAGUCUAUGGAAUCGCUGCAUUGCCUUGUUGAAACGGAGCGAGUCCGUGGUUCCCAUGCGCUUGAGGCUGGGAGGAGUAAGGAAAAGCCAGGUGACUUUGGAUGUGGCAAGUGGCCAAAGUGGUCCCAUCCUGGUGCGAGCACUGAUAAGUCUCACUGGACCCAAUUACCGAAUUCAACAGGGAGAAGUGCUUCCUCUAGUUGACAACCAAAAGGACACACACCUCUGGAAAGUUCAAACCUCCUCGGGAGUUGUGGAGGUUCCCUCAGUUUGCUUCUGGGUGACGGGACACGAUGCAGAAGCAACACAAAGAGCCAUUGUGCUUAAACAACAGUGCAAAAAGACCUGGUUGGAAAUCAUCAGACUAUUUCGACAAAGACUCUAUCAUGAAUACACUGAAAUCCUUCCGCAACUAACUGCGGAGAACGUCACCUGCACCAAGGCAGAGCUAGUGGGUGACCUUGUUACCGACAUUCACAAUCACCUUAUAACCCAUCUUGAUGAAAAUGGAAGGCUGCGAAGCGUAGUAGAGAACUUCCAGCGAUGCAUCACCAAUUCGAGGCGAAAUGUCUUUGAUAAUCUAGAAGGAACUUCUGUCGAAGGACAUGUUCUGCGCGAAUCCGACUUAAUACGUCUUCGAUCGCCUCUGCUACGAUUGGAGGAUCACCUAAUGGCUGUUGGUUUGAUGCAAGAGGAUAUGAAGCGACUCAACGAAUACCUUGAAAAUUACCUAAGUGAAGUGAGAACCGAGCAAAAUCGCAUUUCUAAGAUGGUGGAAAAAUUGGUGACAAUCGCCACAGAGAGCCAGGCUCAACUUGCCGAUCUUGUAAACCACCUGGGCAAAUUUGGAGAUAAUCCUUCUGACGAAUCACAAAGUGCAAGAGCACAAUUGGAGUCAGCAUACAGAAGUAGGAGUCAACCGUUUGAUCUUGAGGUCAAAAAGAAUUUCAAAGGAGGAGGAUGUGGAAAGAGAACUCGAAGUCAAACCGUCCACCUCUUGGAUGCAAUGGUCCAAAUUGGCACUGAAAGCAAAUCUGCGGAAACACAGUGUCGUGAUACUACGUCUGUGAUAGAUCCACCGCCGCGAGAGCCCAAAAACACACUCGUUCAACCGAACACACGUAAACCACCAGUCCAACGAUGUGUCAUAACCCAGAUCGGACCUAGCAAUAAGGAGACCUGCACACAAGUAGAUAUUUCGGAUUCUUCAUACUCGGAAGAGUGCUACGUGGCCGAGGACAUGAAGGGAAUUGUGAAACGUAGCACAAAAGAAUUAAUAUCCGACAGGCGGAGGAAAGCACGAUCAGCAUCAAGACCACCAAAACGACCACCAGUAGUGCAGGUCAACACUUGUACUCAACUUGGCCUCAUGACUCACGAGAGAUCAGUAAGCCCAAUUCAUGCUCUACUGGAAUUGUGUCCUAACUGCCAGACAAAUGAAUUUUUAGAAGUUCAGAAGGAGUAUGAGGAAACCUUUAGUUUAACUCAGCGCUGUCAACCAGUCGCAUAUGGCUCCAUUCAAUCAGAAAUGUAUGGAAAUCAUGUUUGUAAAAGAGUACAAUGCGGAUAUCCAUGCCUGAACGACAGAAGUAAUCUAUAUUGUCAGGUAGACGUCCUCGGACCUCUAGUGGAUGAUGCUAUUGUUCAGUCACAGGCGUUACGGUGUAACGGAGAGAUUGGAACCAUUGAAGAGUUAUUUGAGGUUGACCAAGAGGCGUUUUGUGAGACAAGAUUUGUACCCAGUGGAUGUCACUUAGUAUGCAAACGAGUACAGACAGGAGUUCCCAAGAUGUGUGAUUUGGCAGAUUCAUUCUCGCAAACUCUAAGGACUUGUGCUCGUCCAAUUUGUGACCAUAUGACAUCUGCGACUCAAAUAGGUAUAAUGACUAGAGAGCGAGAGUGUAGCCCAGUCCACUUUGGAGAUUUCGAUAGUUCAGUUCCUUUUCGGCGUAAAUACAUUCAAGCACAGGUACGACAGCCAAAGUUUCGCAGCAGAGAACCUACGGUGACAGCAGAGGCCUUAAGAAUGACGGACUGGAGUUCAACGGAUGAAGCAUUGCAGAUGACGCAUUGCGAAAACUUAUAUAUCGAGCCCACCAUAAGACAUUUGCAUGAAAUGAACUGCAGUGGUUCCUUUUUCGAUUCCUCUGCAUUACAGCACGCAAAUAUUAAUAGUUCCAAUCCAGAACUAGACCGAAUAUCUAAAAAGGGAGUCUUUUCUGUGAACUCACAUGGAGAGCUACGUCCCAGAGAUGCUUGCUUUGGAACUUGUCAGGGGCGACACAAAAUGAUGUUGCGUGCAGCAACCACUGCAGAAACAGAGUAUCCCAUUGUUUCACGAGCUUCUCCCAGCCUGUGUCACAUAGCCUCGAGUAUCUACCCCAUCAUUCAUCCAGUAGAUAGACGUACCGCUCGCCUCCAAACAAAAAGCCUUCCAAAUCUCCUAGAAGGAGUAAGCCAGAUUGAAACUCAAUCCUCAAAUCUUUCUCUCGAAGAGAUAGAAUCAAUACAAGGUAACUACAACGCUACUGCAAAUCGAACAUGCUACAACACACUGCAGACCAUUCCUAGCCCAAGGACACUUAGAAAUACUGCUUGCAUCCAGUCUAGCAGUCUUCCGAGCGUUAUAGAUAGCGAAUUUCACAUAGAGCAUGCAGUGAGUUCAGGAGAACUGCAAACCCUAGAUUCAAUUCCCUCUGAAAGGUUCUCGAACGAUAAACUCAUUGGAAGCUGCUCUGCGAAAUCUCAACAUAAACAAUAUAUCCACCGUCAAUUCGGUAUUGCUGAUGGUUAUUGUAAUGUAAGCCGUCGGUCGGUUAGUAGAUCUUUUGCGGAAACACACGCCUCUGAGGUUCCGGUUCGUCAGUAUUCGGCGCAGGCGUGUAAAAAAGGUCCGGAAGUUGCGAUUGCUGAGAUUUCACAACACGCAUCACAUAUGUCUGACGUUGGGAUUGCUGAAGUUCAAAUCCAUCCAUUUGUUCAUCAGGAAAAUAAAAAGGUGCAAGUUCGUGAACACGCUAUCAAAUCUGUGCAUCGGAUUUGCGUUGAGACACCAGCGGUCGUUCGGUAUGAUGUGACUUGUGAUGCCAUGAUCAAGCCUUCACGGAUGUCGAAGAAAGCACAAGUAGAAAUACCUGAAGAACCUAUCCUUGCCAUACCAGUGAAGGAACCGAACGUUUACGCAGAGCCUCCAAUGCCUAAGACCACUUCAAAUAUGGCCAUUCAAAUGAGUGAAAUCAUGAAAGUUGUAACAGCACAAUUAGCAUCUCAAAUGGAAAACAAGAAAGUACAAUGCGAGCCUUCACUAUCCUGCGCUGUUGUCAGUUGCCAACAAAAUCCCCAGACAAGUAACAAGAAACUACAAGUGAGUGUACAAAUGUCAACUGACAUGAGACUUGGUGGUGCUGAGACUACACCCAUAUUAAAAACUACAUAUGGAAAGAAACUACAGGUGGAUUUGGCAGCAGAACUAUUGACUCGACAAACACAAACGAUUCCAGAUUCGGAACCGGAACCCAUUCUAAUGUCAACUCCACUUCUUCAGUACUCGGCGCCACCAACCGCGUCUGAAGAUUUCAGUUGUGAUGCGCCAAGACCAGUUGAUGUCCUCAGUAAGUCAAUUCAAUCAGAUCCUAUCAGUGUACCCCAAACGUUGGAAAAAAUGCUCCAAGUAAAAAUAAAUGAGUCUCUUGAGAAAUCCGCAUGUCAGUCUUGGGUACGUGGCAUCGAUUCGUUUACUCAAUUCGAGCCCAAGGCAUUGGUGGUAGGCACCUCUCAGUCAAUAUGGGAAGAACCUGAGCCAAUACUGCUACACCCGCCCACACCUACUCCAUUAGUUAUGGCAGCUCCACCACUAUCUGGCGUUGACGAUGGCUGCGAUCCUAUCCAUGCAUUAACCACAGAAUCCGCCUCUCAAGCAGAGAAAAUGAAGACAUGGGGAAAGAAAUUGCAGGUUACACCUGAGUCAUACUCGAUUGCUACCAUGAAUACAUGCUACGACGUACCUGUAAAGCACUCCAUUUCAACGCAAGCGGGGCCCAUAUCAACUGCAGGAAAAGAUGUGCAAAUAAAGCCAGUUCCAUUAGCAUUAGUUAAAUCUCAAUCUUCGUGGGUGGAGCCGCCAUCGAUUGUGCUUCAGCAAGAACUCACACCUGUUUAUUCUGCACCACCUAAGAAAACCCAGGACUUUUCCUCCGAUGCACCCCUUAUGCCUCAAAUGAUCGGCAAGAAGCUACAAGUUACACCCCAACCGUUGGCGGCAAAUGUCUCACAAACAACUUACUUUGAACCGAAACCAGCGCCUCUUGCAAUUGACAGCUCGCAGUCAAUAUGGACCGAACCAGAACACGUAAUAAUCAAGGCACCAACUCCUGAACCUAUGGUAAUGGCAGCACCACCACCACCUACCAGUGAGUUCAGCUGUAAUCCUUGUCCGCCCGAAACCCAAGGCAAGAAACUACAAGUGAUUCCCGAACCUUUGGCGAUCAGCAGUUCACAAACUGGACUUAAGGAAAUAUUAAUAACUAUAACUCAGAGAGUUCAGGAGCCUAUUCAACUAUCACUAGGAAAAUGUGAAUCGCUAUAUGAGGAGAGAAAGAUGCCGGAGUACAAAAACGGCCUCGCGCAAUGCAAGAAUAUUGAAAUUAAGGGUAAAAAACUUCAAGUGUCUCCACAACCAUUGGCAGCAAACACAGCACAAACGAUGUACGUCGAGUCGAAACCAACCCCAAUGGCUGUGGGCACAUCGCAAGCACUCUGGACCGAACCACCUCCAAUCACACUA